GCGGAGGCGGCGGCGGCGGCCGCCGGGCGCUGCAGUGGGACGCGCGCGGCUGCGAGCCUGCGGGACAUGCCCCCCGCGCCGGCUCCUUGCUGGCGGCCAUGAAGAGGCAGAACGUGCGGACCCUGUCCCUCAUCGUCUGCACCUUCACCUACCUGCUGGUGGGCGCCGCCGUCUUCGACGCCCUCGAGUCGGACCACGAGAUGCGCGAGGAGGAGAAACUCAAAGCCGAGGAGAUCCGGAUCAAGGGCAAGUACAACAUGAGCGGCGAGGACUACCGGCAGCUGGAGCUGGUGAUCCUGCAGUCGGAGCCGCACCGCGCCGGCGUCCAGUGGAAAUUUGCCGGCUCCUUCUACUUUGCCAUCACGGUCAUCACCACCAUAGGUUAUGGGCACGCUGCCCCCGGCACCGACGCGGGCAAGGCCUUCUGCAUGUUCUACGCGGUGCUGGGCAUCCCGCUGACGCUGGUCAUGUUCCAGAGCCUGGGAGAGCGGAUGAACACCUUCGUGCGCUACCUCCUGAAGCGCAUCAAGAAGUGCUGCGGCAUGCGCAGCACGGAGGUGUCCAUGGAGAACAUGGUGACCGUGGGCUUCUUCUCCUGCAUGGGGACGCUGUGCAUCGGGGCGGCCGCCUUCUCCCAGUGCGAGGAGUGGAGCUUCUUCCACGCCUACUACUACUGCUUCAUCACGCUGACCACCAUCGGGUUCGGGGACUACGUGGCCCUGCAGACCAAGGGCGCCCUGCAGCGGAAGCCGCUCUACGUGGCCUUCAGCUUCAUGUACAUCCUGGUGGGCCUCACGGUCAUCGGGGCCUUCCUCAACCUGGUGGUGCUCAGGUUCCUGACCAUGAACAGCGAGGACGAGCGGCGGGACGCCGAGGAGAGGGCGUCCCUGGCCGGGGCCCGGGGCAGCACGGGCGUCCACGUCCCCGGGGAGGCGCGGCGGGGCCGGCCGCGGCUCGGGGCCGACGCGGCCGACCUCCAGUCCGUCUGCUCCUGCGCCUGCUACCGCCCGCGGGGCCACGCCGGCCGCCCGGGGGCGCCCCGGAACUCGCUCGGCCCCAAGCUGGCGCCCCAGGACCUCCCCCGCCCCGCGUACAGGAUCGAGGAGAUCUCCCCGAGCUCGCUGCGCAACAGCCUGUUCCCGUCGCCCAUCAGCUCCGUGUCCCCGGGGCUGCACAGCCUCUCCGACAGCCGCGGGCUGAUGAGGCGGCGCAGGUCCGUCUAGGGGGCGCGGGGGACACGCGGACGGACAGGCGCCGGCGUGUGCGGCGUUAAGUUCCACUGGCCCAACGCGACUUCUCUUCCUUAUUUAUUUCCGGUUAGCGUCCUUUAUUAUUAUCGUUGUCAUCGUCGUUAUUUUCUCUCCUGCCUUCAUUUCUCCCCCGCCUUCCCAGCGAGACAGAGCAGGCCCGGGGCGCGGGGAAGGCGCGCCCUCCUCCGACCCCCGCAUCCGAGCAUGAAGCAUGGAUCCCCCCCUCCUUCCCAGCGAAGGAUGCCUUACAUUUCCCCCCAGCCUGCCCCGGCUCCGGGCGGCUUUCCAGGACAGGUAUGAGACGGAGCUGAGCGGAUCCCCAACCCAGCUGCACCCCAGGCCGAGAGCCUCCAGCGCUGCCCACGGUGUGUCUCCGAGCUGACCCUCCCUCACCUCCCCAAGCAGCGGGUGGCUGUAUGUGUGUACUGUGCGUUGCUUGAGUGUGUGUGAAUGAACACACACACCGGUGUGCUUCUGUGUGUGCCAUGUGACCAAUGGGAAAUAUCAGGUAUUCGUUUUUCUUUUCCAUCACACACUUUUGUUAAUAACCUGCUUUCGGCUGCUUCCAAACAAAACGGGAAAACAAAACCCACGAGGUGUUUGAUUUACCAUCUUGCCAAGUCGAGCAUGUUCCAUAAGCAGUCUUUAUCCCAGGUGUGUCAUGCCCAUAUUUUAAAAAUGCUAGGUUCUAAAUUAUAUUAACUUCUUUUUAGGGGGUGGGUGGGCAAGAAGACGUGGAUCAUUCUAGCUUGCCAGUUCAAAAAUUUUUAAAAAGCAUGCACUUUGUUAAACUGGUAUGCAUUAUCAACACAAGAAAACAAAACUAGCAAUGGAAUAAUCAAAAGCCAAUGAUAAUAUUAAUUUAUUAAAGACACUUUAAUUUUAUCAUCUCCAGUUCCAACAAUUUACCAUGCAACUGGAAGUGUCAGAGGAAACUGGAAAAUUGUUGGAACCGUGGAGUUCCUAUUAUUUUUAUUAUUUCCCUCUUAUUUAUGUGAUGAAGGUGAUGGUGAUGGUGACCUGGACAACAUCUACCUACAUGAAUAAGAAUUCGGUUCAGAUACUUGGAUGAGGAUGGGUAUUAGGUUAAUGUGGUUUCUUUUCCUAAUAAAAAAAUGACAGGGCAUUCCUUGUUUAAAAAAAAAAAUAAUAUAUAUAUAUAUGGAUUUCAAGAAAUAUUGUCUCUAAUUGCAUUUGAUUUGUAAAUAAGGGAAAGUUCAUGUUGGUCUCAGGAAGUGUUCGGAGGCAAGGAGCUGUGUCUUGGCCUGCUGGGAACUUGUAGAUCUCAGGGGACGAUUUUUCUGAGUAGUGGGGAAAUUCCCGCCCACUUUCAACAGGAGGCGGCCUGCUGACCCCCUGGGGAGCAGGUAGGCUAUAGAAUAUGGCACAUGGGGGGCCCUUUCAGUGACAGGAAUGAAGGAAAGUCUGCCCUCUAGAUUCACCGAGCGGACUUUCAUUCCUCUUGUCACCAUUCCUGCCUUUUCUGAAAAUCACCCGCCCUCCCACUCCUUUUUGAUAAACUGGAAGCUCAGGCUCUUCAACAGAAAUGGGUUUUUAGUGCUACUGCUCAGAGAAGCAGUGGGAGCCCCAGGGGCUCAGAAUAGAGGGUCUGCCCCUUAGAAAGAAUAGAUGCACAAGGAUUCUAAAGGAGAUGGCACCAAAUGCCGCCAGUGCCUAAUGUGGGCCAUGAGGCUGAAACACAGCCCCUGAGACUCCUCUGAAGGGGCCAGCACUUUAAUGCUGCAUCUCAUGUUGGAAAUGGCCUUCAUCCAGGACACAGGGUCUGUGACUCUCUUGGCCAAAGUGGACAAUUAUCAGUCUUCAAGGUUUGUAUUGAUUCCCUGGUUUUUAAGAUUCAAAGAAAAAUUUUUUAGUGCUGUAAAACUGUCCAGAGAAUAGAAGCAAUUACCCUUUUAAAAUGUUUUUCUUUUGAAAGAGACUGUUGGCUAUAGGGGGUAGUAGGUACAAAAAACCCAGGCAUAUUUCAGAGUACUUUUUGCCUUGGAGGAGGCUGCCAGGGGUAAGUUUAGGGUUUCUCAGAAAAACCUCGGUAAGCUUUGGCCUCAAAUGGGGGCUGUGGUCACCUAUGACUUAUAAAGGAACCCGAGGCAUUGAGAGGAUGAGUGAUUUGUUCAAUGUUGACAUGCCUGAGACAGAAGCAUCUGAGAAGUGGAUUCCCCCACGCCAUGGCACCCUAACUCAGCCCUCGGGGGAGGGAGCCUGCCCCUGCUUCUCCACAGGGAAAGGCGCCAGGAACAUGGCUGGACCCUUCGCUCAGGGCUGCUCCCUCCCUGCAAUGCCUGUGUAAUAUGGUCAUGAAGUGGCCUGCUUCACUUGAAUGCCUUCAGAGGCAGGGGGCUCCUCUCUUCCCAGGGGAAUUUAGGAAACAUUCUGAGUUCUAUAUUUCCACAGUGGUGACUCUCUUUAAAGGGUCAAGGAUGCAGGAUGAAGUCUCUUCUGGUCAUGUGAUGACCACCAACCUAAGUAUCCGAGCGAUGCGGAGUCUGUCUUGGUUCUGGGUCCCUAGUUCUCCUGCCCUUGGCUGCUGGCCGGGCCCUGUGGACGGCAGUCACCCAGCCCCCCCACCGACUUUCUCCUUCUGUUGUCCUGGCUGCGUCGCCUUUGCGGUGGCCCCCUCCUCCAGAGGUGACGUGAAACAUCCUUAUGCUCUGAGCGUUCACGGGGCUUGCUUCCCUCAUGCUGUCCAUCUUUUUCUUGACAGUCUGACCCUUUGCCACCAUGGUCUCUGGCCAAGGAGUCCUCCGGGCACACCCCUGAGGUGCUCUCGUGGGACCACCGAGUCAGGGUCUCUAGGGUGCUUCUCUGAUAAAACGGGCCUGGCCCUCUCCACCCGGAGCUCAGCCACUGACAGACACCUGCUCACUCACACUUGGUGGCCUCAGAAGCCAGGAGGAAGCUUAGUCUGAGCUACCCACCUACAUGCCCCCAGUUUCAGAGGAAGAAACUGGGGAAAGGGUGAUCCGUAACUGAGGCCGCACAGCCAGCAUCAGGUCUCCCCGCCUGUCUCUCCUUUUGCUGUGUCCUGGCUGCUCGUUACUUCCGCCCUCGGCAGGUCCUGACUUGUUGGACUUCCUGGCAUCUCAGGCCCAGGUUCCUUCCUCCCUCCUGCACCUGGGGAUUUCUUCCUUUCAGCCCAGCUUUCUCACACCGUCUCCCAGUCGGCCAUGCUGUUCGUGGUUGGGGGGAAGGACGCAUGCCAGCCCAUCUGCGUACAGGUUUCAGCCUCAUGAGAAUGAGCUGAGAAGGGGCUGUGGUCCACCAGGACCGCAGGAGGCCGGCCGCCACCCACCAGCGAGGGCUCUAGAAACCAGCACACCUUGUAGGUGCUUAAAGAGAGUUCAGAUUCCGGCUUGAGUGUUUGCCAGCUAAGACAGGAGGAAGGUGGGCAGUGCCCCUGUGUUCAGUUCUAUCUAGAGAUCACCUGACUGUAAUCUUCAUCACACCUGUCCUGGGUGGGAACCACUGGACUGGCAGGCUUCUUGAUAAGGAGUAAAUCAACGCACUGCAUUUUGAAAUAUCUGGUCAGCCCUGGAGCUUGGACUGGACCUCUUCUUUCCGUCCAUACCGCUCUGUCCUGCAACCCAGGCAUCAGCCUUUCAGGCGCCAUGGGCUGCCUGCUGCCCUCUCUGAAGCUCCUGUGUGCCCCUGCUGCGCAUCGCUGACUGGGAGGAGGGUGCCAGCCCUCAGGCAUGAUCUCAGCAGACCAUUUGCAGCCCAGGAGUCCCCACCGGGUCCCUAAUUCUUCAUGGAGGAGAAGCAAAUGGACACAGACUGGAGCCUGGGGAGCUCUUCUUUGCAGAUGCCCGUUAAAACCCCUUACCCUAUCCAAGAAAAGAGGGGAGAUGGCUUAAUCUUGUUUUCUGCACAUGGGGUCUUGAUUGGGAGAAUCUGGACCAUAACCCAGAAACCCACAGAUAAGCCUAGGUGGUCAUUUUUUUUGCUGCAUCCAGAUCUGAGAGCCCUGGGGGUCCUUAUUCCUGGUGAUAAUCGCUAGUGGCCGGAAGCUGGAGAGACAAAUGGAUUAGAGGCAUUCCUUGUCUGUGUGCAUUGAUGUGGGGAGGGAGGUGGAGAGCAAAAAAUGACCAAAGAAAGAAAAUUACCGGGUGGAUUAUCACCCUGUUCUUCAUGCAAUCUUCUUCUUAAAUAGUAAAUCUGAUCAUGACACCUUUUCAGGCCGUCUGCAGAGGACUGAGGUCCGGGGCCUGUGCGGGGGUAUUUCCGCUCUCGCAUGAUGUGGAAUGCUCUAGUGAGCUGUGGCUUCGCUCACAAAGGGGUGGCCUGGGCCCUGCCACAUGCAGACCUGCCGCCCGGGCGCCGUGGUCUAUGUGCGGCCUCGGGAACACCCCAGACACGGAGGGGUCAGCAGCAUAGGGACGGACCCACGCCUCCUGGCUUCACCAGACUCCUGGCUUCACCUCCCAGGGCCUCACUAGCCUCUGUGGCCCCCUCACCAACAGAAUGGGACAGUUUGGGCGGAUGCAGGAGCAUUCAGCACGAAAUGAAUGUGACCCAGGAAGACAUGUGGCCUGGGGGUCCUGGUCACUGGGCACAUCUGAAGGUUGAACUUCCCAAACAACAGCAACAGAAAAUUCAUUUUGUUUGGCAGGGUGCUGGGAGCUGGAGAGAUGCAGGGGAGCCCAGAGCAGCCCAGGAACACCGGUCUUCAGGCAAACUGGGGCCCCAAAGUUCUCAGACCCCCAGAAGCCCUGGGCAGGAAUCAUUUUAUGUGGUUUUUUCUCAACCACACCUGGGUAGAGGCAGCUGUGUCAGGGGGGCAAAAUCUACAUGAUUCCCCACCACCAGUUUCCUGUUUUGAAAAUUCCAGACUUACAGAAAGUUGAGAGAACAGUACCAAGACCUUCCGCCCACCUGUCCCCCCACCCCUUCUUCAGCACUUUGCCGUAUUUACUUAAUCCCCCACAUUCACACUCAGGUAUUUGGAGGGGGCAGUGAUGUCUGCAGCCUUUAGGUGGUUCAGCCAAAGAAAAGCUAAUCUCCUAGAACAAGAGCAUUUUCCUAGAUAACAGUGCCAUCAUCACUCUUAAGAAAUUUAGCAUUCAUACAAUAAUGUUAUCUAGAACAUAACCUGUGUUUUUAUUCUCCCAGUUGUCCCAAAAAUGUCCUCCAAAGCUUCUUUUGUGACUGAGAGACACUAUAAGAGUUCAGCCUGGUUGCCCCAGGCUCCCCCAGUCUGGGACAUCCUUCCUCUCCAUUUUUGUCUUUCACGAUGCUGCCAUUUUGAAGAGUUCAGGCCAGUUGUCCUGUGCGACGCCAUCCAACCUGCUGCUGUCCACUGGUUUUCUUGGUAAAGGAAUUUUCGGCAAGAAAACAACCUUGGUGAUGCUGUGUAGCCAUGACCAACACAUUUGAUAUGUCUGGCUCCCUGGAGACCCCUGUGAUGAUCUCUUUCAUUAUAGAUAAACAAGUCAUGUUAAAUGUUGUUCACUGUUGGAGAAACUAAUGGAAGCUUCAGGAGAGGUGUCUGUGGGUCCCCGGAUGCUGGGUCUCAUUGCCAAAGCUGAACAAGGCUUUGCUAUUUCUGACAUCUCCCAUGGAGCUCUCUUCUGUGCUGAGCGGACAUCAGCAUGUUUCCCCUCAACCCCUGUGGGGCUGACCCAGCUAUAAAUGGCCAUAAAGCACAGAGAUAUGCUUGCAUUGUCAUAAAGCUGGCUAGCAGGUGUAACCCAGGAGGGCUGUUGUAAGGGUCCUGUAAGCCACUUGGGGUACUUUUGCAUCCAGUAGCUUCUCAAUGAGUGGUAAAGAUUGCCAAGCCCUUCCUAGCAUUAAUAAUCAUAAAAAUGUAAUUUGUUGUUAUGGAAGUAGGCUUGGCCAUCAGGGGCUGUAAUUCAUUAUCACUGUCUUUGAAACAUUAUUUAUGCUGGCAGGUUCCAUUGUGGCACAUUGAAGCGCAUCCACGUGAUGGACAUGGUCACCCCACCACCGGGUAUUCACGGCGCUCGCCUGGCAGGGUUGAGUGUACCAGGUCCAGUGAAGCCAUGAGUGGUCCACAGCUGGGCAUCCCCCUCAAAGCAGGUGUUUGGCAUGUCAUCAGACAUCAGGAGCGUGCUGGGACAGCUCACCCUGCAGUGGGUGGGCUCUGUAGUGGGAGCGUCACCAGGAACCAGCACUGUUCCUCGUGGAGUACUUCUAGUGGAGGCUGAGCGGCAUGGGGACGCGUGCAGUAUGUGACAGGAACCUCCAGCCUUGGCUGUGCACCUGCCCGGCACUGCCUCAGGCACCCUGAGCCUCUUCUCGCCUCCCUGGAGCAGCAGAGGAGCUGCUCAGAUCCUGGCCCCUCACAGGCCUGAGGCCGGCUUCUGCCACUCACAGGUGGGUGGUGGUCUGCUUCCGGAGCCUUGGUUCCCACCUUUAAGUUAGAGAUUAUAAAUGAACCCUAUUGCACAGAAUGGCUGUGGGAACUGCCCAUGGUGACAUUCACUGGCACCCACACUGUGCUGAGCCCCGCGUGAGCGUGCUUGUACAUGUUUGCAUUCUCAUAAAGGCCGGUCUGCAUCUCUCACCAGGUUACUCCGCGGGUAUUUCAUUUGAAAUCAAAUUAUGAAAAGGAACUGACUGAGUCUGGUGGGGGGACUCAGAUGGUGCCUCAUGGAGGAAGUGGCUCUUGGUGACCUUUGAGGAGAGCCUUGAAAGGGCCAGUGGGCACUGCUCUAGGCAGAGGCAUGGUGUGGGCAAAGGCGCAGACUUGGUCCAGCCAUCAGUGGGAUCCUGCCGGAGCCACACCCAGCCGACGGGGCAGUAUGAUUGUCAAGGCUCUUCAUGAGCUGGUCACACCCUAAGUCACUCAGGCCAGGCUUGUGCUCAAGAACCUUCCAUGGCUCCCCAGUGCUCAUGCAGUGCGUUUAUUCAAAGUCUUUUGCUCUGACAACCACAGCCGGAGUCUUGGGCCUCCGUGGAGGAGCUGUCCACCCGAAUGUCCUGGGCUGCCUCUCCCAACAAACUACAGAUAGAUCCUGGAGUCUCUCCAAACUUGAAUUCUCAGAGUCCUGCUGUUCAGGCGGAGUUCACUGGUGUUGUUUUGUCCAUCUCUGGACAUUAGCUUUAAUUUGCAUGUGGGAAUAUUUCUGGAUAAGAUCUAUUUGGUCUUUCACUUAUGUCUCCUGGGGACUUGUCCUCAUUCUGUCUCCUCUCACCUUACCGAAGACGGGCAAGCGACUAGCUGCAGGAAAAUGCCGCCGGACUCUCAGCUCACUUGGUGUGAAGAAUGUGCUGUUUCCUCAGUGACUCUGAGAACAACGGCUUUUGUGACCAGGGCCUCAGUGACCGUGGCUAAGGCCCCCGGAGUCUGAGAUGCCCCUGUGGGCACCCGCUCUUGCUCUGCCUCUCUCUGCCCUGGAGCCGCUGCCUCCUGUGGGCCUGUGCUGAGGGAAGUGUCCUUUGAGCAACGGCAUCAGCAGAAGAGCCAGAGGCGCAUGCUGUCGUGGUGAGUGCGGGGGGUCAGGGGUGCAGGUCAGCUGUCUGCUCCUCAGGCCCGUCUUCCAGCCUGGGUGUCUGAGGGGUGCGCCAGUGCUUCCAGCCAGGGCCAAGGAGUGGCAUCUCCACGCAUGGAGCUCCCUCCGUGUGUUGCAAUGUGGACUUCGAUUUUGGGAUGAGGCCUCUGGGUGCUGGAGGCUGAGGGGGCCAGUGGCUGGGUGGAAAGAAAUCUAGCUUAGAUGUGGGGUGAACCAGGACUCAAGCCCUGCCCUUUGCUGUGUGACCCGGAGCAAGUCCCUUCACUUCUCUGCAUCUGAGUUUCUUCUUUCCAGAAUAAAGGGUUUGGCCAAAGUCGCAGGUUCGCAAGGUCCCCUUCACUCCCCUCCUCCCACAUAUGCCCGGUUCUCUCUGCCCUCGGCCCGCAGUCUGGGGAAGACUGGCUCGGCUGCUGUCAACCAGCACAUGGAAGUAUUUACCCAGAUACCUUCUGUGGCAGGUGACUCUCCCAGUUAGACUCCUGGUUAAUUAAGGAUCCAUAAUUAACCAGUAGCUCCGUGUGGUGAAUCUCUGCUUAGUCCCCUUGAUAGGCACCCUUCACCCUGACCGCAGGAAGUGCCCUGUUCUAAGGAGGGAAGCCUGAGCCCCUCGGAGUCAUGGACUGCCCACAGCUCCAGCAGUCACACUCACUCGUGAGAAGAGGGUCUUGGCUCCCCAGGAUCUGCCUGUCUGCCUUCCACUUGAACCUGAACCCCCUUUCUGUGAGCCGUCUACUGCCACUCCUCCCCGCCGCAUCCUCUGCUUGUCCUAUUUCAGGUGUCUCUCUGCUUCCGGGAGAGAUCUGUUCUCUACCAACAGGAGCCACUGGUCCUGCAGGGAUCUUGUGCCAGGCCCGUCCGACUCAGGCCCACAGUCUGCUCUGCAGGGCCAGGCCACCAUGGCACCCGCAGACGUGCACAUGUGCAACGCUGUGCACAGAUGUCACUUCCCUGUGUCCACCCACAGUUCACGCUGGGUGAGGGCAGGCCAGAGCACGCCACCUGGCAGGUGGGGCCACGAGGCUCAGAGAUAUUGUGGCCAUGGGACCCCAGCAUCCUGAUGGCAUGUUUCUGGCCCUUUCUCCCCAGGCUCUGUGCUCAGGUUCAUGGGGAGCACCGGGUCCCUCUGCCUGCCUUCAGGGAAGGACCCAGGGGACUGCCUUGGGAGAAGGCAGUCACCUCCUGGGGAAUCCAGGGGGUCAUCAUGCCAGGGGAGGGAGUGGCUCCUCUGGGCAGGCAUUGGAGGGGAGAAUGUUUCAGGCCUGCAGGGAGAGUAUUUGCUGGGUCUGCCAGUUCCUUCACCUGGCUCAGAAGCCCAGCUCUUUGCAGACCCCUAGGAAUAGAGAGGAGGGCCACGCUCAGACCGGGCCUCUGGCGGCUGUUAGUAGCCUCACAGACCUUGGUCCUACCGCGUCUCGCCCUCGUAGCAAUGGGCCUCCGAACGCAGACCCAGACAGUGGGGUGAGUUCUCCGGCUGCAGGCUGAGCUAGCAGGGUGCAGCUGGAGGCAGAACGCGGCUGCAGGGUGUAGGCCCCCCAGGAAGACCACAGGGUCCCUCGUGUGGGACAAAGGGCCUGGCGGGGGGUGAGAGGGCUUCCACGGAGCCCCUCCAGUAGCAUACAGUCACUGGGCAGGUCACCUCCUGGGAGGCAGUGAUGAGAAUGGCUCAGAGGAGGGCCGAGAUGCUCAGACACGACGUCCCAGUGAACACGCCCCGUCUCCAUGCCUUUAUUUUCCCAUCCUCGAAGGAAGGAUUUGGAAGGGUGGGAUUGUUCCCGAAGGAUGGGAAGUGGGAACCUGUCAAGUAGGGGCUGCCUGGGUUCUGUCUGAAACUGUGGGACACAGGUUGGCAGGGACUUGGGGGUGCUGGGGAAGCUGUCCUGUCACCUGUGUGUCCUUGACUGGUGGUCGUCGGUUCCAACGGAGGUAGAGUCAGGGCUGGAGAGAGGAGUGGAGGGCGCGUUCAAGGGGGCGGUGACUUUUUAUUGGGGCAGUUUUAUUCUUCCUUUCUUUGCAUCACUCUCGGCUCCUAACUCUUACCGGGUUACUCCAGGGGCAUUUCACUUGAAAUCAAAUUAUGAAAAGGAAGUGACUGAGUCUGGUGGGGGGACUCAGGUGGCGCCUCAUGGAGGAAGUGGCUCUUGGUGACCUUUGAGGAGAGCCUCGAAAGGGCCAGUGGGUGCUCUCAUCUCCCGGCGAGAGAUGCAGACUGGCCUCUGUGGGCAUGCGAACAUGUGCCAGCCCACCAUCCCUCUUGGCGCCCAACUCUGGCCGCUCCAGAGGUUCCAGUCCAGGUUUUUGGGGACCUCUAGCACCCAAAGAGCAGCUCUGGGUUUGGAGGAGCGAGGUCUUGUGAAGUUCUGCCAUAAGCCUUGACCACUAAAAACAUAGAGCCAAGCUUCGCCUCUGCAGCAACUCGGUGGCCGGUGGUGGAGACCUCGGGGCUUUGUGAGCGCCCGGCCCGGCUUCCUUCCUCCUUGUGAUGUGCGUGCGACCUUGGGCAAGUCACUUCUUGCCCCCUUCUACACAGGAUGAAACAGCCAGGUGAGAAGCAGGUGUCUUCCAGACAGGUGCAGGUGGAUGGAAGGAAUUAUGUCAUUAUGUAUGAGGUUCUCAGUGACAUUUUGGUGGGGGCAGGUUUGGAGGCAUGGCAGAGCUAAGUCCUCCCAACAGAGGGUUCCUAAGCUGAGCCAGCUCCUCUCUCCUGGGCAUGUACAUUGUUCAGGUGCAGCUGUCCUGUAGACCUGCUCACACUGAAGAAUCACGUCUACGCAGACCCUCAGACCCUUUCCUUGUUGAGUUCUGCUGGUGGCCACUGCUCACAGUUCCUAGUGGAUUCGAUGCUUGCCCAUGGUGUGGGUGGGGUGCUUUCCAGCCCCCCAGAGCCCACCAGUCCCCCGGGGAACCCCAUGGAAAGGCUUACUUACCCUUCCUUAGCCUGAGAGGAUGAAGCAGGUACUAGAUGUGAGCUGCAGCAAUGGCGGGCCUGGUAGCCCCACAAGAGCCCCCUCUGUGCAGUACUGCAGGCUGACCGAUCCAUUUAUCCGGUGAUUAUUUACAGAGCAUGCUCAGUGAGGACAGUCAAGGUGCCUGCUUGGCCUCACAGGCCAAAGUUCCCAUGGCUCCCUGCUUCCAAGAUGCACGAGGCCUAGAAGCAGAGUCAGAUGAGCAGGCAUUGGGAUCAGAACGUGCCUUCACAAUCGCUGCGUUUCCUCGAGCUGAAUUUUAGAAGUUGUGUAGAAAAGUAAAAAUCCAAUGAAAGGAAAAACACGAUUAGUGGGAACCCAGUGUAGCAGAACCCACAAUUAACAAGAUUUCUCUAUAAUUGGAUGGCUCCUCAGAGAAGAGCAAACUCCUGAAAAAGGCUAAUUAUAUAUUUGUUUAUUCAGCCCACAAAUAGCAUUUUGACCGUUGCUUUGGGCUGGAAGGGACCUCCAGAGGUCAUCUCAGCCUACCCUCUGCUUUAUCAGAGAUCUGCAUGGAAUAGACAAUGCAUCGGAGUUAGGUGAAACUGUUGGCACUAUUGAGCACAUUUAGACAGGGAAACAGACUAACCCCAAAUGGAAGAUUUGAAGCUAUCCUUUAUAAGUGUUGAUCAGAGAGUUUGCAAUUAAAUAAACAGGAGACACAGGCAAAGACAUUGAAGACAAGCAGUAGCAGAUUUUAAACCACUGGCUUGGUUUACAAGGAGGAAGAAUUUCUGAUGUAGUCCCAGCAGGCCAAGCAAUCGCUGAUGCUCCCGCUAAUAAGUCUAUGAUUUGUAACUUCAGCCAAUUGUGUAUCCUUGUACCUCAAAACAUUAAAAAGAAAAAAGUGUCAUUUGUGACCCCAGACAUAGAAGAAGUUAAGCUUGAGUUAAUUCCAAACUCACACUCACUGAAAUGACUGGCAAAUGACAGGGGUUUCAUUCCGGGGGUGGGGGACACAGAGAUGGGGAUCCUUGUGUAUUCAUUUGGGGUGCGUGUGUGUGCGCUGACUGGGUAUCGUUGGGUCUCUGGAUUUUUGGGGGGCAUUGCUGGGCCUUUUCAUGACUGCCUGGGUUUGGUUCUGGUGAUCCUGCUGUGGGAAGGACCGGUGCCCGGGGAGGGUGAUGGAAAUCGGGACAUUUCCGCCAGAAGCGGGGGCAGCUGGGCCGCAUUCUGGGAGGACGGAAUGGCUUGUCCCGAACCCCUCCCAGGGACCUGCCUUCCCAUGUUGGUGGGCAUUUGGGGUUUGGACAACAGGUUUUCCAGCAGUCAAGGCAUCAGCCCUUGGGUGGGAAGCUGCACCUGAUUGGGCAAAACCAGUGAUCCCAACUGGACCACAGGGAACCAAAUUCAAAGAACCCUACUGUUCCUGUCCGCUCUCCUUUCGUUUCUGCCCUGGCCUUCUCCGCCUGUGGAGAGGCCGUCUUCACAAAUGGCCUUAGAAUGCCGUUCUGAAGUUUAACAGAAUGAGACAACCAUCAAAUGAGUAUCAAAAGUAUUUAUUAUUGAAGCUUAACAGAAGAAAGAAAAAACUGUAUCACCAAUGUUUACAAGUCCAAGCAGACAUCCAGCCCAUGUAAAAUAUGUAAUUUAUGCAAGGAUUGCAUCUUUCUUUUGUAACGAAUGCACUCAGCAGCCCUGUAUAUAUUUUACAAUGUCUUUACAGAAAAAGAAAGAAUCAUUUACUGUAGUGUUGUAAAAUAAUGCACUUUUCUAAUUUUUUCAUUAAAAUCUCUA